AUGAACACGAGAAGCAAAGACGAACGGAAACCAGUGAUGCGAUUAGAGACGUCUGCAUUUUUUGGAACGAAAAUUGAGAAAGGGAAUGGUAUUGUGAUUGGAACGUCGACGACUUUUUAUGAUGCUUUGACUCAAGCGGAGGAGAACAAAGAUAAAGUCUUGAUAAAAAUACAUCAAAUAAUGUAUCAUAAGAUGGGGGAACGCGAAGGAAGACUCGAAAACAUCAUGAGAUUUAGUGGGAUAAUUGAUCGUAUGAUGAGAGAUUACUCGCGCGAAGCGAUUAAAAAGCUUUCGGAAGAAGACUUUGCGAAGAUCGCUGAACUGUUUAAAUUGACUGAAGAGGUUGAAGGCAAAUCGCAGGCGGACAAAGAAGAAGUGUUUGUGAAAUUCUUUAGAAAGCCGUAUGCACCAAAAGGAGAUACAGUGAGAGAAAUACCAAAAGACGAAUCGGAGGAGGAAGACAAAGACGAGUUACGAAAAGUCGAGUGUAUGUUACAAGGUGAUGAGUCUGAAGAUGACGAAGAAGAA